GGAAUAAUUUUAAUGCUAAAGAUAUUCCUGAACACUAUUACCAAUCGGCAAUUUUUUUGCUAUUUGUUUGGUUUUGACGUGUAACCUAUUACUUUGAUGCUUUCCCUUUAUUUACAAAGAAUUCAAUAAAAAUCUGUUUAGAAUCUCACUAACAAUGUCGAGUGGUCAGUGGGAAGUUGUUGGAAAGAACAAGAAGUCGCAGAAUGGUAAAAUUAAAACUAAAGAAGAUGAGAAAAAGGCUGUGAAAAACGGGCCGAAACUGGAGGAUGUCGUCCCUCAUUCUCAAAUAAAAUCCUUCUACUCCGGCAUGGAGAUUGAUGAAGAAAGGAAGCCGGCAAAAGACAAUAAGAAGAAGGAAGGUGACAAAAAGAAGAAACAGGACAAGAAGAAUGUGGAGCCUCCAAAACCUAAGCCUCCUAAGACCAUUGAGGGAGCCCUAGAAGCUAUAGAUGCAGCAGAGCUGGCCAACAUAAUAACAACAAAUAAGAUCCGUUUCUCCAAUGCCCCUCUUGUUUGGCUGAAGGAGGUCGCAGCAUUCCUCAACUCAAAGAUUCAAAUAGACGUAGAUGACCCUACAUUUGCAUCUCACCCCCAAUUGUAUCCCCUGUCUGCGGCCCCUAAUGAGAUUAGAAAGCUUCUGUCCGAUGUGCUGCAAGACGCUGGAAAAGCAAAUACUCAGCUGUUCUUUGAUGUCACUCUUACGGCACUUGCAAAUGACAUGAGCAGAGGUCAAUCUGUGAAUGGCCACAGAUUACUGCUGCAAAUGCUAGCGCAAGACUACCCAGAGUUCUGCAUCGCAUCUAUACAAAAGAGUGCUAGUCUCCGCAAUUCCUAUCAGAACAGACCACCCAUUGGUCUCUCCUUGCUGUGGGCGUUCGGUCAGGGUGGCAAUAGUGAUUUUGCUGUUGGUCUAAAAGCUUGGCAAGACCUUUUCCUUCCAAUCAUUGAGCUGAAGAACUACUCUAAGUACGUAGUGUGGUACUUGUCGAACCUUCUAGACGAACACGCGACCAUGGAUAGCACUAAAGUGAGCCAAGACCAGCUGUUCGCCAUGAUAGACAUGGUGAACAACAAGAGAAGUGCACUGCCCAAGGAUCUGUCAAGUGACCUUAUCAAGCAAUUAAGUAAAUAUAAGGAUAUAUAUUUCAAUAAAAGCAAUAAUAAGCUUCAAGUGACCUUCAAUCAGCUAAUGAAGAAGUUGCCCAACCAGUACCUCAGUGGGCCGUCUCUGGACCCAUACCAUAGAGUACUGGUAGACUGCUUGGUGGACUGUCUCGUGAGAGACGACUCAUGCAACGCGACUUGGAGGCAACUCUUCCAUAGAUGCAGCAAACAGUCUGCAACCUUACUUGAUUAUAUAGAUUCUAACUGGGCCGACGUAAGCAAGAAAUUGAGGCAGAAAUCAUUAAAAAUGUCUGUCCUACAAUACAAAGAAGUUUGUGGCGAAGCCUUGAAAGGCAAGAAGAAAGAUGAGACUGUUGUUAGAACGAAUAAGAUAUGCCAGGAUAUUCUAGACAGAAUGACGAGCACUAGAAGGUUCCCUUGGAUCUGGGCCAGCUUUUUCUUGCUGGUUGGCAUCGCGGGGCUGGUCUCCUACGAUGUAUCCCGCUCCGGUGGCAACUUCCCCAGUAAUACAACGGGCCGUCUGUUAAACGACCUAGGUGUUCUAGAGCACAGUCAACGCGCAUGGCAGAAGUCCUUGUCAACAUCAGCUCGAGGCUACCUCUGGUUGGAAACCAACGCUCCAGUCUACUACACUCUUACAGUUGAAACCUGCACCCCUUACGUACUGCUAUCCAGAGAGUUCGCCUACGUAGCCAUGAAGAAAGUAGGCGUGUUAUACACUAAUACAAAAGACUACGUGGCCGAAAAGACCCCGGUAGUUGUGGCCACUAUAGAACAGUAUGCACCAGGCCUAGUGGAUAAUGUGCAAAGUUACACAGCGAGCGGGCUCGAAGCUGUGAAGAAGUAUUCCAACGAUUACUACCAGCUUACCAUGGAGUACUUGAAGACUAAAGUGUUUGUAGGGGAGUGGGCACCAGAAAUCCUUCAAAACAAGACUGAGUCUGCUCUAAAUGUCACUCGGACCCAUGUGUCAACAUACUUCCACUGGUUCCGGGAGCAAGUCCACAUCUACUCCAAGAUACCCUGAAGAGUAACUCUUCACCAUAGUGAUAACUGUGCUACACAGACAGAGGACUGAGUUUUCGUAUUAUUUGUGCUUGUUUUCAUCAUCACUUGUGAUGUAAUCCAACCUCUCCUGCAAAAUCUAGAAUAACUUUUACUAAUAGGCCGAAUUAAAGUUUUUAUAAACCAUGGUACGGCUAUAUAAAAAUGAACGUUCUACGCGCACAAGAAUAUAGCAUCGUCCACAUCUGUAUCUAUGGUCAAAGGACAAUAAACAAUCAUUCGGUCUGCAUAAGAUCUCUAGUAAGUUUAUUUCUGUAAGGGCUGAUUUUUCAAUCGCCAGAUAACUUUUAUCUGAGGAAUAUGUUUGACGUUUUGACAGCUUUUGUAUGGAAAAUAUGUCAAACGGCCAUAUUUAUUCCUCAGAUAGAAGUUAACUGAUGAUUGAAAAAUCAGCCCUAAGUCUACAAUAUAUUUAAAAAAUCCUGUUCACUUGCACAAAACGAAACACAGUCCUCUGCCUGAAUGUGUCUUUAUCAAAUCUGUUUUUUUUUAUUUUAUUUUCUGUUUCCUUUAUUAAGAAAAAUUAAAAUCGAGUACAAUCCACACAGUUGGCGACUGUAACAACGAACGAAACUAUUUCAUGUUACGAACCAAGCUAUUCCUGGCACACAUUGAUUACAGAAGUGUAUAAAGGUAUGUCUUAAGAAUUUAACACCAGCCGUACUUGUUGCCAUCUUAUUGAUCUUGCUACUAGUGCCAACUAAUACGAUUGAUAAAUUAUGAUAAUUAUGUGACAAAUUACGACCACAUAAUGUGCGCCAAAAAUAGUUUCUUUCCUAAUCUAUUUUUUUUUUCAACGUACUUCACUCAAUUUAUUAUGUCAAUGCAAUAAUUAAAUCAUAUCAUUGAAGAAUAUAUUUUUACAACAUAGAAUCCAUGACAAAAUUAAUGAAAUUCGAAGUAUUUAUUUAAAUUAUAAUCCAGUAUUUGAAUACAUUCCCUAUGAUGCAUUUAAAUACAUAAUUAACAGACUGGUGUCAUGUCAUAAUGAUUCAUUUAGUUACCUCUUAUUGUCAUCCAAAUAACUUCAUUGUUCAUUUUAUUGAAUCUUUUAACAAAUUAUAUAAUAGAGGUAUAAGCUUUUUGUAGUAUAUUUAUUUUGUGUUGAGAGAUCGUGUUUUUAAAAGAUGUUUAAAAGAAAUGAGAGGGACAAUUUUGAAAUUGCAUUGUGUAGAUUAUCUGUAAUUUGCCGCCGGAGCGAUAUUCCCCAUGGCAAUUUUUAUUUCGCCAUUUAAAGAUACCUAUAUAGUAGUGUGGUUUUACAUCUUCCACAUGAAAACAGGCCUCUUUCACUAACGGGUAACAAUUAUCAUUACUGAGAUAUUUUCAUAAGAAUUAAUUAUGUGAAUCGACGUAACUAGAAAGUCUGUAAGCUAUUUAUUUAUUAAUUGAGUGAAUGAAAUUAUGGAUCCGGUGGACAUAAAAAUUUUAAUUUAGAUUUUGUUCCUCUGAAUAAGAUGAUAAAUGUUGUGUUGUACGAAAUAAUUGUAAGAAAUCACAAUUAAAUAUUGUUAGUGAUUUA